AUGGGCUCGGUCGUCGAUCGGCUCAAGGGCCGCAAGGCGACUCACAUCGUCGACGAUCUUCGUCCCGUCGACAAGAGUGAUGCCCAAAUGCCUCACUCGGGUAGCCUGGAGGCAUUCAACCAAAAUACUGAAUCACCCCCCACGGAGGUCACCAAAGAAUCCCUCAAUCAGAAUGGGAACCUAUCUACCCCGGCGGUAACAUUCGCCGAGCUGGUCAGCACUUUGCCACGAAGCUCAGCACUUUACGAAGCAUCAGCGAUGAAUUACUGA